CCUCCCUUCGUUCCGUUUGCAGCAGACAACAAAUUAAUGUGGAUUUCAGAAAUCUAUAGAUAAAACGCUAAAAAGCAAGUUAGUUUAAAUACUGUUCCAAUAUUUUCAUUUAGAUAAUGGAUCAAUCGCUAAAUGAUUUAUUUUCUAUUAUAAUUCAAACAGAAAACGAGGCUCAGCAUGAAAAGCAAAAAUAUUUUGAAGCUAAAUGCAAGAUUGAACAGAAAAGUGAUGAUUUGAACAAAGUUCGUGUGUCUACAGCUGAAUGUCAUGAACGAAUUGUUUCAUUAAAUGAGGCACUGUGUAAAGAAAAAACUGCAGUUUCUAUGGUAAAAUAUAAGGAGGAUAUACUGUCUGCGGAGUUACAAACUCUCAAUAAAGAAAUCCAACAAAGAACACGCAAGUUGGAUGCAAUCAACCAAAAAGAGCUUGAGGAUUCUAAAGCUUUCAUGGUGAGUGUACGAAGUUUUGUAGACAAGUUUGGCUUACGACAUGGCCUAACAGAACAAAUGAAUUAUGAAGCCCAAGUUUCAGUCAAAUCAUUGGAAUCUAAAAAUGGCCAACUUUCAACAGAAAUCAGAAACUUGCAACGGCAAGAACAGGAGUUGAGACUUCUAAAUGACCGCAGAAAGAAAGCAAAUUUUGAGUUAAACGAUCUUAACAACCAAAACAGAGGACUCGUGGAGAUGUUAGAAAAAGAGAAGAGAAAAAUUUCAGAGCUGAAAUGUCAACGCGAAGAAUUGCUGCGUGUAUCAGAGACUGGUCUGGAGUUUUUACGGUUAAAAUCUGAAUUACAAGAGUACAUGUGUACUGAGCAAGACAUCGGUAACAGGCCCCAGAAUAAAUGCUGAAAGGAAUGUUGUGAAGGAUGAGUAAAAAGGCUGCAAUAAUAUUAUUAUAUUUUAAUUUUAGUUCGACUAUGAAUACUUUGUUUAUAUUUUCCAAACUAAAAGUGUAUUUGUUUCUUUUUAAAACCUCAAUUUCUUAGUCAAUAAAGGUAAAAUAUAAAGCCCCCAGGGAGGAUCGAACUCCCGACCCCUGGUUUACAAGACCAGUGCUCUAACCACUGAGCUAUGGAGGCCGUUGAAAUUUUCGAAAACUAUUUGAUAUUACCCACACCACACGAAUGUUUUCCAUAG